UCCGCUUCCUGCGGGCCGGAGCGCUCCCGGCCCUCCGCCUCGGAGCCGGCGCCCGGCGGAGAGUGUUCGGCUGGUGCCGCCUGCACCCCGAGCCCAGCCCCUGCGGGCGGAGGCCGUCGAACCCUUCCAGAAGGAUGCUGGAGAGCGGCUGUAAGGCGGUGAAGGAGGGCAUGCUGGAGAAGAGGAGCGACGGGCUGCUGCAGCUCUGGAAGAAGAAGCGCUGUAUCCUCACCGAGGAGGGGCUGCUCCUCAUCCCCCCCAAGCACCCCCCGCCGCCGCAGCAGCAGCAGCAGCCGGCCGAGCCGGCGGCCAAGAUCAAGGAGCUUCACUUCUCCAACAUGAAGACGGUGGACUGCGUGGAGCGGAAGGGCAAGUACGUGUACUUCACGGUGGUGAUGGCCGAGGGGAAGGAGAUCGACUUUCGGUGCGCACAGGAGCAGGGCUGGAACGCGGCGAUCACGCUGCAGAUGGUGCAGUACAAGAACCGCCAGGCCAUCCUGGCCGUGCGCUCCACCCGGCAGAAGCAGCAGCACCUGGCGGCGCCCCACGGGUCGCGGCUCCGCGGCGCCUCCAACUCUGCCUAGCGCAGGUCACGGUCACGGAGCGCUGCCGAGGAGAGGGAC